CAAGGCGGCUGUCAGUUGGUGUCCGCCUCCCAAAAGCUUCCCGCGCUCUGAGUGGAAGGAAACCGCGAGGCAACAGCAGAAUCAAUCAUACUUUCCUAACGUCACAUUACAGGACAGCAUUUUCUUUUUCUGCUACACCACCGCUACAACUUGUGUCCGAGAUGCCUCGCAUUGAGAAUGACAUCAAGCUGGACUUCAAGGAUGUCCUCCUCCGGCCGAAGAGGAGCACACUCAAGUCCCGGAGUGAGGUGGACCUGAUGAGGAGCUUCACGUUCAGGAACUCCAAGGGCAGCUACAGAGGGAUCCCCAUCAUCGCUGCUAACAUGGACACUGUGGGGACCUUUGAGAUGGCCCUGGCUUUGCAUCAGUUCACUCUCUUCACUACGAUCCACAAACACUACUCAGUGGACGACUGGACGGAGUUUGCAGCAAAGCAUCCUGAAUGCCUGGAGAGCGUAGCAGUCAGCACAGGGACCGGCGAGGGCGACUUUGACAAGAUUUCAGCCAUUGUGGCAGCAGUGCCACCGCUGAAGUACAUCUGUGUGGACGUGGCAAACGGCUACUCUGAACAUUUUGUCCAUUUUGUCAAAGAUGUCAGGCAGAAGUUCCCGUCACUCACAAUAAUGGCAGGAAACGUGGUGACAGGAGAGAUGGUGGAGGAGCUGAUCCUCGCUGGUGCUGACAUCAUCAAAGUAGGCAUCGGACCAGGUUCUGUCUGUACCACCCGCAAGAAGACAGGCGUUGGCUACCCUCAGCUCAGUGCUGUGAUUGAGUGUGCAGAUGCAGCCCACGGCCUGGGUGGCCACAUCAUCUCUGAUGGGGGAUGUACCUGUCCAGGAGAUGUCUCAAAGGCUUUUGGUGCUGGAGCAGACUUUGUAAUGCUGGGUGGCAUGCUGGCUGGGCACUCAGAGAGUGCAGGGGAGAUCAUUGAGAAAAACGGCAAGCGAUACAAGCUGUUUUAUGGCAUGAGCUCCGACACCGCGAUGAAGAAACAUGCAGGAGGCGUGGCUGAGUACAGAGCGUCAGAGGGGAAGACGGUGGAAGUUCCUUACAAAGGUCCCGUGGAUGAGACAGUACGAGACAUCCUGGGAGGGGUCCGCUCCACCUGCACCUAUGUUGGGGCCGGCAAGCUGAAGGAACUGAGCCGCAGAACGACCUUCAUCCGGGUCACCCAGCAGCUCAACACCGUCUUUGGAAACGACAGCUGAGCAUCCAGAUCGGACUUCAGAUGGAAACAAGUUUGCAACACUGCCUGUCUAACUCCAAGAUGCUGCUUGUGCAUUGGUCAUGUGUAAACACAAGCGAACAGACACGUCUAGGCACCCUUAAACACUGUCAGUUUAAUCCCCAUUAAUAGCUUUUUUGGUGCAAGUUUAAUUUGUGUGACUUGAAAUGUCAUGCAGUUUUAGCAUUUAAUGUUGGACUUUGUUCACAUUAACGGAAAUAUUUUUAGCACACAGACUUCAUGUCACAUUUGACUCUGAAUGUUUUACUUUUUCUUGAAGCCACCGACUGUUACAGUGGCCAACAUGUCUCUAAACAGCAACAUGUAAGCGAGAGCACUAACUCUCGAGCUCUUACGUUCCAAUGCAAAGUCCUUAGUCGUUCUUCUUACAUCCAUGCAAAUAUGUGGCUGUUUGGAAACAGCAUCUUCAACAUUUCUCAGUGCUCUGUGCCGAGAUCAUACUCCAAGCCUUUGUCAGCAACAUAGAAAAUUAUUACAAAUGUCUUAAAUUAUUUAUAAAGCCUAUAUAUGUGCAAAUAUAUGCAACUGCUGUAGCUAAUUAGAUAUUUUUUCCUCGAAAAAUCAAUCAUUCCAUUACACUUGUUUUGCACUUUAAUGAUUUUAAUUUGACAGUCUAACAUUAGUCUGCCUUGCUGUCUCAUAGAAAAGUUCUGAGACUUCAGUGUUGUACAUUAGCACACUGAGUACAAGUACAAUAUGGGAGUACAGACGGUAUAUAGUAAUGAAGUGCUGAAUUCAUAGCAGAGGUGUUAUUAAUACGAGUAUACUUGCACCUUUUGUAUUCCGUGGCUCUAGCUGCUCUGUAACGAUACCAAAGUUUGCGUUGGUUUAUUUCCUACACAUUCAAAGCUUCAUUUAUCAUUCAUUAUAGCUGUUCAAGUUAUCAGUCAUUCCUUGGGAGUUAGUUUUGGAUGUUUUUUACCAUCAGUUCUGCAUGUAGUUAAAUUUUCCAAAAUUAAUGUAGUUGCUUCAUUUCCAGCUGUUUUUAUGUGAUGGAUGUUGUUUCAUUUUCUUAUUGUCACCCAUUGGUCUUGUGAGAAAAAAAGGACUGUUUUUAUGUUGCCAAAACAUGAAAUUAAAAUGCUGGGUUGUUUCUUCACAUUUUAUCCAGUCAAUAAAAAACAUUCCACAUCUGAUAA